AGAGCCUGUCCCAUGCAGACAUCACUAACCUCUACCUAAAUAAUGUGACUGUCACCUACAGGACUAUUUUCUGUCUCCUAUUCAAUAAGGUUUAAACAUGGGUGACUGGUCGAUCUUGGGGCGCCUUUUAACAGAAGUCCAGAACCAUUCUACUGUGAUAGGAAAAAUCUGGCUUACAAUGCUUCUCAUUUUCCGAAUUCUUUUGGUAACAUUAGUAGGAGAUGCAAUGUACGGUGAUGAACAGUCUAAAUUUACCUGUAAUACUCUUCAACCAGGUUGCAACAAUGUAUGCUAUGACAGCUUUGCUCCAGUCUCUCAUCUUAGAUUCUGGAUUUUUCAGAUUGUCCUGGUGUCAACGCCUUCCAUAUUUUAUAUUAUUUAUGUUUUGCAUAAAAUUGCCAAAGAUGAGAAAACUGAACUAGAAAGAGCCUAUGUAAUGGAGCUCCUCCAAAGCUUAUCUAUUGGUGAACACCUACAGAAGAAAACCAUGAAUGUGGAUGCUGAGGAAAAAGUGGAGAUGAAGGACCAUUCUACAAAAGGCGAUCGGUUUAGACCUAAACUCAUUAAUGAUAAUAUCCGUGGUCCUAUUCCCAUCUUCGACAAGAUGCAUAUAAUAUACAUUGUACAUGUGGUUUUAAGGUCUAUUAUGGAGAUGGGAUUCUUGGUGGGUCAAUACUAUCUUUAUGGCUUUGAGGUUCCUCACCUCUUUCGAUGUCAGACCUACCCCUGCCCAACCACAACUGAUUGUUUUGUUUCAAGAGCUACAGAGAAGACGGUCUUUCUCAACUUCAUGUUUGGAGUUGGAAUUGGAUGCUUUAUUUUGAACAUUGUUGAGUUGCACUACCUGGGCUGGUUCUAUGUUUUUCGGAUUUUAACAGCUGCGUGCUACACCUGUUGUGAGUUUAAGAACAAGAAGAAAACCAUGGUUUUGCACCCUGAGCAGAAUAGCCUACUUAUACACUUAAAGGACACUAUACAGGAACGGUUUGUCCUUAAGACAUCCUCAAGUCUAUCACAGGAGAAAAUUAGUUAUGUCCCAACCCAGCCAACUGCUAUUUCCUUCACGAAUGAUGACAAUAAAGAUUCUACCUCAAGGAAAAGCCCUGACAUUAAGCAUAGUAACUUAGCUAAAAUAUCCAAAAUCAGAAAGUCCUGGAUUUAAAAAUAUAGACAAAAAAAAC